AUGGAUCAAGACUCUAUCAAGGUUCUCCUCAAAUUGUCCGUUGUAUGGCACGGAAACCUUGUAAAGAACAAGGUUACUUUCGUCUACGCCACCAAGGAUCCUCUUAUACUCGCGCUCGAUGGCUUGUCUGAAGUGCCCGACAGUUUUCACAGUAAAAAUCGAGACGGGACCGAUGGUUUUACUGCGCAGGCCCCAUACUCAGCAGUUAAGCUUGGUCAGGCGCGCCAAACCAAUAGGCUCCCGUCCGCGAAGGCGGGUUCACCAGCUGGGCUUGCAGUAGGGCCUACUGAUUCAUGUUCUCUUGACAUCUCGUCCGAGGGCCCUCCUUCAGACACUCGCCCUACCGCUUUGCACAUGCGGGACUCGAGUUCGAAGCACUUGGUAGUCAAGGAGGACCGGGUCCCAUUUCGGCUAUUGGACGCGCAGGUCGACGCUGUAGCUAUCGAUGCUCUCCGAUCUUUUUUGUCUCAAGGCCAAGAAGAUACCCAUAUAUAUACGCCCAACAAGUUACGGCGAUUGUACCGCUCCGCAGAAUGGAGAGGUCAGCUAGGGCAAUUGGACUCUUCCAUGUUGAGCGCUCUGAUAUCCGUAUUUGGAUCCUUAUGCCUCGGUUCCCGUGAAGGGCGUGCGUAUAGUUCGCCACUGCUGUCUCGCGUGCAAGGAGAGGUCGCUCCGAACCGCAGUAGCUAUUGGUCGUUCCUCUUGAAAGCGGCAUCCUUAAAGGUGCAACGCAGGAUGGCGCUCACUGAUUCUGACCGGUUCUGGUUGAUGCAAGCUGCGCUGGCCGCUUCGGAAGCUCUCAUUGCCAGGCCAUGCGAUAAAAUUUCCCAGAAACAGCUAGCUGUCCUCAUAAACCGCGCACGUACUCACUACUACGCAAUCCGGAGUCAUUCUUUUCAUCCCACAGUCCACGUUCCGUAUCUACAGACAUUGCUGGACACCCACGAUCCGCGCUACGUCGAAGUUCUUGCCCGGGACAUGUCAUAUGUGUUACGAACCCACCGUUCCUGUCAUCCCAAGAUUCUGCGGGUACUUUAUCAACUGAUCCUCGAGCACGGCACGACUUUAUCCAACAGAGCUCGAGAAGUCGUGCUUUCGUCUCUUUGGACACGCCUGCAGGAGGUCCGCCGUUAUCGAGAGGAGAACGAUGGUACAACAAUGAGCAUCAACACUUACCGUCCUGAUAUUCCAGUGGGCGUCUUGUGCGUUGCGCGUUGCCUGUCGGGCUUCUUGGUUGAGCCGCUCGAUUGCCGUUCGCCACACUAUUACCGAUCAUGGUUCAUUGAGGAACUUUUCACUCUGUUUCAAUCGUGCUCGGAUGUGGCUGCUACCGGCAGCGCUUUACUAGACGACGGGCCCUUGGAACAGCUGCAGUCGGCUGCGACUUCCUGCUGGCAAGUCAUCUUUGGGUUGGCCACGGUAGAGAAGCUGGUGAAAACAUCCGCCCUGUCCUCAACGGAGAGAUCUGUACCAGGAAGGAACAAUAUUCGGGAUGUUCUUUGCGCCCUGUAUGAGAGAUGGUUGCAAGUGAUUGACGCACAAACUGUCCCUCGCGAUAUCGCUUGUGCCGUCAUGGCGUCGUUCUUCAGAUUAGCUGGUAUCGUGCAUGAUGCCUCACUCGUUGAGGGUUGCCUUGCCCUAUGUGAUCUUGGAACGUUAUGGGGACCAGCAUCCUUCAAAAGUCUUACGAAACAUUAUGACCAUUCGAACACCUUCAUGACUGCUCAGUACCUCGUUACUCUCCUGCGCCUGCAUGGCCCAAAUGCAGAUAUGGUUCUUAGGACUAUCGAUGCCAUUUCGACAGACGUUCAGUGGCAACGCGGUGUGGUCACCAUUGCCGUAAGAGAGCUAGCGUCAACCGAACCCGUACUUGCUCUCGCGGUUUUCGAUAUUGUGAAGAAGGCUGGAGUGGAUGUCGACUCCAGCGUUUUUAAUGUUCUUGUGAUGUCGUUCACUCGUGGUGGGAUGCUCGAGUAUGCAGUUCGGUUUCUCAAGGACAGGAAAUCCCAACUUUCUCGAGAGCAGUGCGAUAUGCUCGUGGGUGCUAUCGCACUACGUAUUCAUGACGUCAAACGGACUCGCUCAUUCCCAACGACCCUCGCGUCGAUCGUGGACGCCGUAGUUGAGUUGUAUGGUUUCCAAUCUCCUCCCGUCUACCUGCGAGGGCGCGUGGAAAGUUUACUUUUCUUUUGGUGUCAGAACGGCAGAGCUCCGGAGGCUGUGGAUAUGGUUCUUGGGAUUACACGCAGCACGCCUAAAUACUUUAUGCCGACCUUUUUCCGCGGUCUUUGUCGUACGCUGCUGCGACAUCGGCAGUUCAAGUGCACUGUCAAAGUUCUUCCAAUCGUCGAAUUCUUGUAUCCUAGUAUCGCACGCCGGUUGCUGAUCACGGUAGCGAACACCGCAUUUCGAGCAGGAGCAACAAGAGUCGCGAAAAAAUUUCAUUGCAAGCUCAACCGGUCCUCGAAAUUCUACCUUUGGUAUCGAGCGCAGCUUAAUCUCCCCUCUGAAAGGAGGAUCCCACGGCGCCUCGCGUCCCUCAAGUUGUCCACCUUCCUGUGCAAUCUCUCUCACGACGACCCUACGUUCGAGUGCAUGUUUGGGGAGCUCCUCAAGUCCGGACGUGUGCUCGCUGUCAAACGUGUCUUCGCCCGCGUCACGCCAGCUGUCUCUCCUUCUCGUCUUACCGCCCUCGGCAAUCUUCUCUUACACGGCAUCUCCAUACAGCCAAUCCCACGCAACGGUCGCCGACUCCGUAAGCUACUCUCGCUCAUCGAAGACCUUACUAGCCAGCAUGGGUUCCAACCGGACAGAGUUACCGUGAACAUUAUUGUCAAGACAAUGAUCAGCUGGAGGGCCAUGUUCGACAGUGUCCGGCUACGCGCCUUGUUUGAUCACUUGAUCCGCGGAAGAUAUCCGGCUGGUGAUUACUCCUCUCAGUACCUGCCGUUUGGAACUGUACCUGGGCCUGCUGGACUGCCUCUCAUGGUAGGGAAAAUUGGGCUAUUGUCACAUAUGGAUUUCGAGCGGCACGUGAAACCUUUAUAUCGUAUGUUUGUCAAGGCGUUUCAUGUGAGAGGGGAUGUUGAGGCUGCUCGGAGGGUCGCUGGUAUAUUGAGAGUGGAAGAGGGAAGACAUGGAUCUGCGAAUUUGAGGGAAGGGGGAGGGAAUGGGACUAAGACACGUCGUAGGUAG